CUAGGAGACAGGCUGGGACCCCCCCCCCCUUGCAUCCCCCCUCCCCAACAUCCAUCCUGGGGCCUGCUGGGUGGGGGGAGGGGGUUGCAGGUAGAGAAAGGGUUCCCAUCGAUGCCUGGCCUUAUUGUCACAGUGGGGGCACCAUCCCUGGGACCCCACUGCCUCACCCCACUCAGUUGUGGGUGAGGCAUCCUCGGGACCCCCAGUGCCUGACCCUGAGCAUGGGGCUCCAUCCUCAGGAUCCCCAGUGCCUGAUCACUCUGCUGGGGUUUACAGAGGCCGUGGGGUCCCCCAGUGCCCACCCCACUGCCAUAGAGGUCACCAGCCCUGCUGCCCCCAGAUUUCUAGCCCUGGUGAGUGCUGGUGCUGGGGGGGUCUGGCACAGUUCCCGGCCUCCCCCCCCCCGCACUGUGUUCUGUUGACUGUUGGUAGCAACGCUGUGGCUCCUGGUGACGGUUGCUGUCCUCCCCCUGCUGUGCCCACUCUACCGUUGCCACCGGAUGGGACAGACCCCAGACUCCCCCAGGGUCCCCCCUGUCUGCACAGAGUCCCCAGGGCAGCCCCCCUCCCCAGGCUGGACAACUUGGGGGCUCCCACAGCUGACAUCUGUGUGGGCUGAUUUCAUGACUGCUGGACUCCUGGCCAUGACAAAGCGCGAGUGCAUCUCCAUCCACGUGGGCCAAGCGGGCGUGCAGAUCGGCAAUGCGUGCUGGGAGCUGUACUGCCUGGAGCACGGCAUCCAGCCCGACGGGCAGAUGCCCAGCGACAAGACCAUCGGCGGGGGGGACGACUCCUUCAACACCUUCUUCAGCGAGACGGGCGCCGGCAAGCACGUGCCCCGGGCCGUGUUCGUGGACCUGGAGCCCACGGUGAUCGACGAGGUGCGCACCGGGACGUACCGGCAGCUCUUCCACCCCGAGCAGCUGAUCACGGGCAAGGAGGAUGCGGCCAACAACUACGCCCGCGGGCACUACACCAUCGGCAAGGAGAUCAUCGACCUGGUCCUUGACCGCAUCCGCAAGCUGGCUGACCAGUGCACAGGGCUGCAGGGCUUCCUGGUGUUCCACAGCUUUGGCGGUGGCACCGGCUCUGGCUUCACCUCCCUGCUGAUGGAGCGGCUCUCUGUCGACUACGGCAAGAAGUCCAAGCUGGAGUUCUCCAUCUACCCGGCCCCGCAGGUGUCCACGGCCGUGGUGGAGCCCUACAACUCCAUCCUCACCACCCACACCACCCUGGAGCACUCCGACUGUGCCUUCAUGGUGGACAACGAGGCCAUCUACGACAUCUGCCGCCGCAACCUGGACAUCGAGCGCCCCACCUACACCAACCUGAACCGCCUCAUCAGCCAGAUCGUGUCCUCCAUCACGGCCUCGCUGCGCUUUGACGGAGCCCUGAACGUCGACCUGACAGAAUUCCAGACCAACCUGGUGCCGUACCCGCGCAUCCACUUCCCGCUGGCCACCUACGCCCCGGUCAUCUCUGCAGAGAAGGCUUAUCACGAGCAGCUGACAGUGGCUGAAAUCACCAACGCCUGCUUCGAGCCGGCCAACCAGAUGGUGAAGUGUGACCCGCGGCACGGCAAGUACAUGGCGUGCUGCCUGCUGUACCGCGGGGACGUGGUGCCCAAGGAUGUCAACGCCGCCAUCGCCACCAUCAAAACCAAGCGCACCAUCCAGUUUGUGGACUGGUGCCCCACUGGUUUCAAGGUGGGCAUCAACUACCAGCCGCCCACGGUGGUGCCCGGGGGCGACCUGGCCAAGGUGCAGCGCGCCGUGUGCAUGCUGAGCAACACCACGGCCAUCGCCGAGGCCUGGGCCCGCCUGGACCACAAGUUUGACCUGAUGUACGCCAAGCGGGCGUUCGUGCACUGGUACGUGGGGGAGGGCAUGGAGGAGGGAGAGUUCUCAGAGGCCCGUGAGGAUAUGGCUGCCCUGGAGAAGGAUUAUGAAGAGGUGGGAGCUGACAGCAUGGAAGGAGAGGAGGACGGGGAGGAAUACUAGUGCCUUGUCCCCGGUGUUACACCGUGGUGCUGUUCAUUAAAAUCGCUCUUUCCAAAGUUGCCU